AUGCCUACAUUUCAGUCUAAAACCUUUCGCCGAGCGACAAAUGCUUCGUCCACGCUCGGUGAGAAGUUUGGUGCUUUGUACCGCGCACGACUGCCUCGACACCCUUUUCUUCUCUUCGGGCUUCCGUUCAUCUCCGUCAUUGUGGCUGCAUCUUUUGCCUUGACCCCUGCUGCAGCCUUGCGCUAUGAGCGUUACGACCGUAAAGUCCAGCAAAUGAGCAAGGAUGAAGCAUUCAAUCUUGGACUCAAAGGCCCCGAUGGCGAAGAAGGUAUUAAGCGCAAUCCUCGCAGAAGAAUUAUCGGUGAUGAAAGAGAGGAAUACUAUAGACUUAUGGCCAAGGACCUCGACGACUGGGAACAGAAACGAGUGAAGAGAUUCGAAGGUGAACCAGAUGGGAGAAUCUGA